AUGGCAAACCAACAACCCAUCACCACCAUCCCCCCCUUUUCGGACACGGCGAAGCUCCCCUCCUGUGCCGUGGCCUGCCAGCCGCUCUGGGACGCCAAUGGAAAAUGUGUACCUCCCGCCGUUUCCACAGCCGAUGCCUCGGUUUACAUGGACUGCUUCUGCAAAGAUUCCCGGGUGACGGGAUUCUCGACAGCGACCACCGGUGUAUGUGACAAUGCCUGCGACGCCAACGGCCUGGGCUCAAUUGUCACCUGGUUCCGCGGCACCUGCAGCGCUUACGGCGGUUCCCAAACAACGACGACAGCUGGAGGCAAUUCUGGGGGUAGUUCGGGCAGCAAGAAUCGUGGGGGCGGAGACUGGAUCUCCAACCAUUGGCAAUGGGUCAUUAUGAUUGUCAUUGUUGUUGUCGCCAUCGUCGGUAUCUGGGUCGGCGCCUGCAUCUGGCGCCGUCGAUAUAUUAAGAAGAAGGAUCGCCAAUCGACCAUCGGCCAGAAACAAUCCGGCUCAGCAUCGCAUCCCUCAUGGGGCCCCGGAUUCCCAGACCCUGCUGCCUCGGGCCCUAAUAUCGCCUCGACACCCCCAACAGACGACCCUCGUGCCAAAGGUGUCUUCAUGCCCGGAGCCCUGGCCUCCGCCUUUGGUAAAGGCGGUGGUGAAGCCCAGGAGGGCAAAAAGAAGAAGUGGAUUGUUAAGGAGCGUACAUGA